UGUAGACCGACAUCACUCUCUAUAAAAGAGCGACUUUUUAUCCCAUAUUUUCUCUCUUUCAAUUUAAAAAAAAAAAAUCCCACCUUUUCCCCAUAAAAAAGAGCUCAUUUUGUUUGAAAAAGACAAAAUACCCUUUAUUUUUUUUUAUAUAUACAUGUUUAAAGACUCUUUCACUUUCCAGGAUACAUUAACUCCAACCAAGCUCUUAAUGAACCCUGCCACUGACUGGAACUUUAAUACACCUGCUGUAAACGCAUUUAACUCUUAUAUCAAUGAGAUUAAUCCGUAUGAUAAUCAUCCAUCUAUUCUCAAUCAAAAAACCCUCGACAUCGAUAUGCUGCCUCGAAAUCCACAAUACGAAAGUCAACUUGAAUCUCCUCAUACCCCUCCACCUACAGACGCCCCACCCAAGAAACAGCGUAAAAAACUUCUGGAGAAAAACCGGGAAGCUGCUUAUCGCUGCCGACAAAAGAAGAAGAAGUGGGUAAAUGAUCUUGAGGAACGAUCUGAAAGUGUUGAACACAAGAACAGAGAACUUCAAGAACAAGUGGCUCGACUUCGGGAUGAAAGUAUUUAUCUGCGUAAUUUGCUUUUAACUCAUGGUAAUUGUGAUUGUGAUGUAGUGCAAACAUACUUGCGUCGUACCUCUGAACAAUUGACAAAUUCCUGCCAAAUGCCUGCCUUGGGCGGAUCAGGAUCUUCCGUGUCUGGUUCCGAGUCUUCCUAUAACUCUUCAAAGCAAUUCUAUAACCCAUCACCACCAACAAUACGUCCCAACUAUAUGGCCUAGUUCUUCUUGUUCUCUAUCUUUCUCUCUUUGCAUACACUCACUUAAAUUUAGGACUCUGUACUUAUUUACAACCCACAUUCAUUAUCAUUAUAUAUUAUACUAUUAACCACAUUUUUGAAUAUUUGGGCAUACUCUACGCUACUGAAAAAAAAACUACCCCUUCCAUCUCCUUUUUUUUUUCGCUAUUUGUUUAUAUAUCUAUCUUUAUGCUUCGAAGUUUUAUCUCCUUUUAUUAUUAAUAAAAUUCAAACAAAAAUUACCUAUUUUGGGCCUGUGAGAG